GAAUUAAGAACAUACAGUGAAUAUACAGUAUAUAGAAAUUACGUGCACGACUAAUAUUGAAGCAUCAACAACCCCUCUAGAAGUGUUUCUUGAACAGUCGGUUACUCACUUCAUAUCAUUGAGCAGUGCACAGUAAUUAUUUUACCUUUAAUUUUCUGAAGGUUUACAAUAAAAGAGGACCAAUUAGAAUACAUCAAUCCGCGGGUGCGAAGUGCGACGUGCGCGGGGCGUUUUCACUGUUUUUGGACAUAAUGGCUGAAUAAGGGUUCAGUAUGUUCUUAAUUCUGUGUAGCAAAAAAAGAGCAUUGAUAGGUGCAAAAUACUUACCUAUUAGAAAUUAUUGAAAUUUGAUUUUCAUUAAUUUGUGGCCACGUGAUAAAAAUAUGGCCAUGUCUUAUGUUUAAUUCAAUAAUAGACGCUUUAAUUCCCACGUAAAAUGGUUUUCUAUAUUUUUUUUCGAAUUUAACCUCUAUUAAUAUCUCCGAAUCGAAACAUAUAUGUAGUUUGAAUAUAGUUUCAAAACUGUUUAAGAAUCUAUGACUAUGUAACCUUAAUAAUACCUUAUAGUGUAAAGUACGUUGUAAAAACAUACAACCUUAAUUCGUAACGUAAGGUAUUGGUAUAUGUCUUACUUUAUUUGUUUUUUUUAAACAUAGGUAGGUACCUACUUAUCACUAAAAUGCUUGUAGGUAUACAUAUUGUAUAUUUGUCAUUUAAAGACGUUGCUGAAAUAACUUGAAUAUGGUGACAUUUGCGUAUGGGUAAAAAAUUUUAUGCAAGUAUGUAUCUGAACACGAACUGAAAUCUUAAUUUCUUAUAGAAUUUAUGCUAUUUAUUCUUUACUCUUAAUUAAACUAGCCUACAUUUUUUUCAAAGUUUUUUUUAGUAUUGCAUAAUAAUAUUACGUCAGGCUUCGCGGGGUACUUCACGGUUAGCGAUUAGAAGAAAUUUAAUUAUUAUGAGAUGUUAGGUGCAAAAGUUCUACUAAGUUAUUCUUCCCACGAAUAAUAUAAUAUUGUCGUCCGUCGUCGGCGAUAGCGCCGGUAAAUCGCUUACGGUAAACCGGUAACUAACGGUUUUUGUCUUGGGAUUCGUGCUUGUUAUUUUGCUACGAAGCUUGAUCAUUCUUCGUUCUUGUUUUUGAGACUUAAAAAUAUUUUUUUUUUUUUUUAUUCAUCGUUGAUAGAGAUAAUUAUAGAUUUUCAAUUCACUAACACUCUAAUAUAAGAAUUAAAUAUUUAUACUUUUAGAACUCGCACAUAAAUCAACCAAUAAUAUAAAAAGUAGUUUAGCUAUUCAAAACAAUAAUUUAUCACCAGAAAUGUUAUUUCGAACUAUACUAUUUUAGUUAUUUUUAAACCAACUAAACUCCGAUCAGUAUUACCUACUUCUUAAAAACUUUACUGGAAAAAACUAUGAGUCUGCAAGAAGCAUGCCCGGUUUUAUUUCUAUCUAAAAGCGUUCUUGAACAUAAAGAUCAUCUAAACAAAAACAAUCAAACAGGGUUUGCAGGCAAGCCUAUAAUGGAAAGUGUAGGACUCAUCUUGCUCAGACAGCGAACCUGUGAACACAUAGCUACCACGGGCUGUACGAAGCGCACGCCUGCGCGGAAUAUUAUUAAAAAAACUUUUUUACUUUUCGGUGGCAAUUAAAUAUUAAAAAUUUAAAACGUUAGUUAUUAGACAGUUCAGUUACAAAAAUUGUUGAAAUGGAAUUUCGCGUUUUAUUUCUAGUUUUUGUAAUCGCGGUGGCGCCGACUUCCUCAAAUACAAAUGUAUUCGGAGGUCAUUGUUCAAAGCAGGAUCCUAAUGUUGACGCGUGCUUGCUGAAAAGCUUUAACAACCUCAUCGAGCAUUUGAAAGAAGGAUCUCCUGAACUAGGCAUUGAAAAGACGGAAUCCAUACUGAUUGACGAGUUGUCCAUCGCACUGGGCGGUGGUCCCGAUGGCUACAGGGCGACAUUCAAAGAUAUCAAUGCAAGCGGGGUGGAUGAGGUGACCAUCACUAACGUCAGAUCAGACCUUGACACGCAUCAGUUUCAACUGACGCUGUCUAUCCCUCACAUCAGUGCCACGGCACGCUACCGUUCUUCUGGUAUUCUUCUGUUGGUUCGCGCUUCUGGUGGAGGGGACUACUGGGGCGAAUAUGAGAACGUAAAGGCGAAGGUGUACUUCCGUGGAGAGCCGUACGAGCGCGACGGCCAGACAUUCCUGCAGCUCAAGCAGCUCAAGCUAGACUUCUCCGUCAAAGACAUCAAGAUGGGCGUCGAGAACCUAGAGAACAGCAACUCCGUGCUACAAGCAGCACUUAACUUGUUCAUCAACACAAACGCGCAAGAGCUCCUCAAGGAGAUGAAACCUCAGCUCAAGAGAGACCUCGCAGACAAGAUGUCCAGAUUCCUUGACAGAAUCCUAGAAAAGAUUCCUUACGACGAUUGGAUUGUGGAUUAAAUGAGACAUUUGACAAUUAUUUUAAAUUGUAGAUAAACGUUUACAACGCAAUAUUUUUUAAGCUUUUAAUUAAUAAC